AUGCCGCGUAAUGUUGGUAGUAAUAUUGUUGUUAUUUUACUGUUCCAAUAUGAUGGUAACAUGUUACAUUCGCGAAGUGUACCAAAAUCCAAUGUUUGAUGAAACACCUAAACAUUCUGUUCAGUGGGAUGGUAGAAUCUUCGUUGUUGAAGGUAGAAUAUGCGAGUGUAAGGUGCAAAAUGGCUCAGUUAUCCUUGGUCAAGCAACUUAUAUUAAAAUAAUCAUGGUAAUUGUAAGCGAAAAUGAGGAAUCGUAUCACGAACUUUGUGAUACUGGAUGUAGAUAUUUGAUCAAAACGGAACCGUAUGAGGCUCAGAACGGACUUUGUACUUUCUUAACACGUUACAUUCAGCUGCAGGCAUUCGUACGGGGUCAUUUCUGUGAGAUGGUGAUGAUCAGAGCCGGACAAGUGGAUGUAAUAUGCUAUGAUAGACGACAAAACAUUGAGUGUUUCUCACAGUGGAACUUUUGACCACUACCAAAUUGGGCUAUUUCUCUGGGUCGUAGAAAAUGAAUUUUGGAAAACAGAGUAGAAUAAAUUUCUUUGUGCAUGAUAUUUACGAUUAUAUUUAAAAUAUGUUUCAAUGGUUACUGUCUUGUUUGUUAGUUUGUUCGUGUGUAAGUCACGCAAACCAAUAGCUACGGUCGUACAUCCACCUCCUCUACGUCUACAAUACCCGCUGGACCUAGCUCUCUCCCCACCCUACUAUUAUGAGCCAAGUGUAUCAAAUUUAUGAGUUAUUUAGGAGUUUUUUAUAUCGCAAGCAUAAAAUUUUAGAGCCUUUCUAUAAGGUUUGGAAGUUACCCGUUAAAUUGAAUGUUUCCACCACCAAAAAAGCCGCAUAUACACUAUACAGUAUAAAAUAGCAUCGAAGUCAGUGUCGUUGAUAUCAAGGAUAAAGCAACAGUGAAGUUUUGGAAGCAUUAUCAGUA